CUAAAAGAAAUGUCAUGUUGUGCACUGGCAUUAUGAAAAUUGUGAAUAUGAAUAAUAAUAAUUUAACAGGUGUGUGAUAUCGUCAUUUCUUAUAAUAAAAGCCUAUUGAUAAUUCGUAAAAAAUAAUUUUAUGAUCUUGCAUGCACAGAAUGUAUGAAGGAUAUAUUUUAUAAUUAGAAAGAAAGUAGCAACCCUGAAAUAAACCGACACCACUUGCCAAAUUUCAUUUUCUCAUUAAAUAUAUAAUAUUAGUGCGAUAAACGUCUUUAUGACCAAAAUGUACGCGUUUCAAAAUCUAAGAAGACGUCUGGAUUUUAUUUAAAUAAAAUCAACUUCUAUCGCCGUCUUAUUUUUUCUUUUCUCAACUGCACGUUUCAAACAAAAGACGAUUGGAGGGGAGAGGGUUAUAAGGAAAAAUCGCCACUAAGUCCUCAGAAUCGUUGCACAGAUAUGAUGAUCGCGAGACAACUUUGAUAUCCGACUGGCCGAUCGUUCGUUUGGAGCAACGUAACACUGUGUUUACCAACUUGUUUCACCUGUCACUAACCAGCUGAACUGCGUAUGUCCUAUUCGUCCGAAACGUUUAAUACACGAAGGAGCAAGAGAGAAAGUAUAUCAUUGGAAUGAUGUCCAAAAACACACAAACGGGAGCCAUGAACUAUGACAACCUCGCGUUAAAAUGCUGGCUUUACUGCAUCGGACCAGUCCGCCGUUGCGAAGAGCUGAAAAAGUUGAAAGCGGAUCUACAGAAUCUUGGAUUAUCACGUAGACAGGUACAUCAAGGCUUGAUACAAUUAGCGACGAAGCCGCAUGUAGUCCUUACGCGGCAGAUACCAUAUAGAAAAUAUAGAUUUAAAAACUUGUCGGAAGAUGAAAGAGGAAAGAAUAUCAUUGAUAAUCUCAGAACAAACGCUUUAAAUUUGCGUCCGCAAAGUGGAGAUAUACAUAAAUCAAACAGGACGGAAAGAUUUAUCAAAGAAGAGAACAAAUAUAUAAAAAAAACGGAUGGUGUGACAGCAUAUGAAACUGCAUUGAUAAGCAGCAAUCGAGAAUUAUUCGUACCAAACAUAUGUUAUAAGUUAAAAAAUCCAUUAGCAACAAUGCAUUCCUUUGAUGAAACGCUAAAACAGUUGGAUGAAAAUAUUUCCUCGAAAAUGAGAGUGGAUGAAGAAUUCACUAAUAUAAGAAAACUGGAAAAUAAUGUAGUUUCAAGUAAAAAAUGUGAUAAAAAUGAAAAUCAUCAUUGUAUUCGUGAAUAUGAAGAUACUAAAAAAAUCCAAGAAAUUUCUAAUUUAAUAUCGGACAAAGUAGGUUCAAAGGGAAUAUUAAUGUUUAAUAAAUAUAAAAAAAAACACAUUGAAUCUAAAUUGAAACUAAAUUCUUGUUUUGCCAAGAAAGUAAAUGAUUCUAUAAAAUCAGACGAUUAUAAGAAAGUACAUACUAAAAGCAUAAAAUCGGAUAUCUGCAAAAAAUUACAUAAUGAUAAGAAGAUCAUAGAUAUCAAAGUGAAUUCUAUACCAAACAAAAAUACAUACUCUAAAAAUGAGGACAGUACAUUAAAUUGUAGCCAUAACAUUAAAGAAGUAACAAAGAUGAGAGAAAAUACACAUAAAAGAAAGCUGUGUAAACUAGUUUCAGAUAAGCAUAAAGAAAUUGCCAAAAAAAAAAGAAAAAUAAAAGAUAAAUUCCGAAAAUAUUUUGGAGAUUGUAUAAGUAUUAGUGAAGAUGAACAAGAGCAAAAUAUUAUAGAAGAAAAAUUUAGAAAGACAAGAGAAAAGGAUUCUGUUGAUUCUUGUGAGUCUGGAGUGUAUGUUGCUGAAAGAAAUAUAACUAUGACUGCUGCCCAUGUUGAUAUAAUUCAGAAAUCAAAUGACGAUAUAUUUCGGGGGUUUGCUAAUGUUGAUGCAAGUCAUAAACCAAAUGAUGAUAUAUCUCAAAGGACCAUUGCUAAUCUUGAUAUAAUUCAUAAAUUGAAUAAGAAUACAUCUCAGGAGACCAUCGUUAAUGUUGACACAAAUUAUGAAUUAAAUGAAGAUACAUCUCAGAGGACCAUUGUCAAUGCUGAUGUAAUUCAUGAAUCAGAUGAAGAUACAUCUCAGGGGACUAUUCUCAAUGUUGAUACAAUACCUGAAUCAAAUGAAAUUACGGGAAAUACAAAUAAUAAAACUACUAAUCAAAUUGAAGAUGCAACAAAUUUUGUGGAAAUUGAAUGUAAUAAAUUACAAAAUAAUACAUAUGAAAACAAAAUACAUAAUAUUGAUAUAGAGAAAAAAGAACUAUCUCGAAAUAAGAAAUUCAUCAAUUUUUCUGAGAAGAAUAAUAUUGAGAAAAGUAAACAUGCAUCAAGUGUUACAGAUAUAUUCCAAAUAACUGAGCAAUCAAAAGUUAAUGUUUCUACAGCACAAAUAAAAGCAACAACAGAGAUAAAUAAUACAUUACCUUCUGACAUUCCAGAAAUUUGUAUCUCAAAUCAUGAUACAGUAGCUAUAAGUAAAAAUUUUUCUGGAUCUGAAAGAAGUAAUUUAGAUACAAAAGAUUUUCAUAUGAGAUCUUUUAAAACUUGUCAGAUCAGAUCAAAUGGAAAUGUUCUUAGUAUUCAAGAAAGUGACACGAAUGCAGAUGUUGAUAUAAAUUCAAAUUUAAAAAAAUUGUCAGAAAUACAAAUUAAUUGUAGUCAAUGUGUUACAGAAAAAAUAUUAAAUUUUAUUGAAGAAGAUAAAGAAGUACAAUUAUCUUCUAAUACAAAUAAAACUGAUAAUGUUAUUUCUACAAAUAAUGUAUCUAAUGUGAAAAAUAAUGAGAAUAAAUUAGCAGUGAAAAAUUUUGAAUUAAGUAUCUCGGACAAGAAAGACAUUCAAUCCAAUAAGUUAUCUCAAGGUAAAUUAAGAGUUUUAUCUAGUGCAGAACUAGGUGCCAGAUGGUGCCCCACACCUAUAAACAGUGUUACAUCUAAUGUUCAAUUUUCACAUAACAAUACAGAAACUCAAACAGUACCUGAAACAAUAGUUUCAGUUAUUGCACCUGUAUCUGAAACUGUUAAUCAAACAACAAUUCCUGAGAAUAUUUACAAUUUUUCACAAUCUGUGUAUGUAAAGAUACGUAAUUUAAUUCAGAAUAAACGGAUAUUUCCAAUUAAUAAUUUAAAUUAUGAUAAAUUACUAGAUAUGGAAUUCCAAAAAUUAAGAAAAUUGUCGAAUACUGACGAUUUUAUUAAUCUAACAAAAGGAGUUGUAACUAUACUUAACAAAGAAAUGUUACUAACUCCACCACUAACAUUAGACGAGUUGUUUUAUUAUGCACCAUCAGUCAAAUCCUAUUAUGUCCAAAUUUUAAACAAAAAUAAGACUACAAUAAAUAGUCUGAAUGAAUAUCAAACUGUAACAUCUGUAGGUGUUCCAAACCAAAUAACAUUGAAUCAAAAUAGAUGUUGCAAUGCACAAGUACCACAGAAUAUAUGGGCUUCAUCUGUACAAUCCAGGUUACAAUAUUUACUUUCUACUUCUUCUGAACAAGAUCAAGCACUUCGCCUCAACAUUGUUCCAAACCAACCUCAGCAGAAUUUUCAAGAACAAAUAGUCUUACCCUUGCAAAAUAAUGUUGUUCAAAGCAACGCAUUGGUAAAUCCCAUUACUAUGAAUAAUAGCGGCCAUAACAAUAUGCAUCAACAUACUUAUAGAAUGCAAGUACAUGCAAAUUUUACUCAACAAAAAGUUUCAAAUGUUAAUUUUGCUAAGCAGAAUCCAGUAAUAGGUAUGCAUGCUAGGCAAAGCUAUCCCUUGCAAUAUUCCUUAUUUCCACCUACUGGAAGAAAUCAAUUAGGAGUACAUACUUCUGUAGCAGUUACAAAUGCAUCAUCUAUGAACCAACAAUAUGUUUCAUCUGUUUUUAUACCACAAACAAAUACAUAUUGUAAUGUAAAUGUACCAAAUUAUACCAUACAGCAAAAUAUGAACUCAACACAUAUGUCACAGGGAACUCAGUUACAAGGUGUCUCACGAUCUGUAUCACCAAAUCGUAACAUAUCACAACCUGUACAAACUAUGGUUGCAAUGAAUAUAUCAAAUUCUGUACCAAAAAAUUCACAACACAUUGAACAGAAACAUCGAAACGUAGUUCCUCGAAAAAGGAUACCAAUGGAAGCUCUACAAAAUCGUACAUUUAAGCAAGUAGCAUCACCUCAACAAUUAAAAAAGAAAAGUACACUCAGACGAUUAAAAAAGAAAGAAAAUCUGCAAGUUUCACUAGAAUCAACAACAAACCUAUUCGAUAUAUUGAAAUAUAUCUCUGAUAUCCAGAAACUUAUAUUACUGAAACAACUAAACUACUACUUUGGUUGUACCACUUGGUUACAACAACAGUUUACAUCAGAAAAAUGGGAUGAAAUUUAUUCACAGAGAUCUGCAUUACUUCAUUUCCAAACACUCCUAAAACAUCUAGUAGAAAAAACAAUAAAAAACCUUUUACCAGAUAAAUCUCAAACAAAUAUACUUAAAAAUAUUGAAAUUGAUGUUCCAAAAGUGAUACAAAUAACAGUACAAGAAAACAAUGGAAUAUGUUGUCAAGUUGAAGCAUCUAAAAGCAACCAAAAACAGUAUAAUGCAAUGGAUAUUAAACAAAAUUGCACAAAUUAUGAAAAAAAUUCAAAUGUUACAAUAACACAAAACCAAUGUGAAAAAGAACAUGAAACAACUGAUAAUUCACAGACAAACAGUUCUUCGAUUAAGCAGAAUUUACAAAGUCAUCAAACAUCAGAUGUUGAUGUAUGUCAAGAGAAUAAAGUGGGAAGGGAACCAAACAGCUCUAAAAAUAUAUAUAAUUCAAAUACCAAAGAACAGAAUUUAGAUGAGUCAACAAAAAUAACUGAAAAUAUUCCUCAAAUAGUCAAAGAAAAGUUAUCAGCACUAUCAAAUAUGAAAUUGCUUAAGAAAGACAUCCUGCAGCAGUUAAAUCCUCACCUAGUUACUGUAGAAAUUUCUUCUAAGAAUGAUCAAGUAACUGUUGUUGAUACUUAUGCUAAUAGUGAAAAUAUACCAAAAUCCGAAGAACCUGAAGAAUAUCAAGAACAUCAACACUUAAAAGGUACUAUUACUGAUGACUUAACAGUAUCUUCAUUCAAAUCUCCAAAUAACAUUGAAUAUUUUAAUAAUAAGGAAUCGCACAACGCUUCAUUGGAGAGACCUCCCACAACUUAUAUUAAGGAUGUUAGAAGUAUAUCAAUGGAAGCAUAUUUAAGAAUUGGUGUAACUAAUAAUGUUCCUACAAAUACUAUGGAAGAAAAUAUUGAAGAAGAAGAAAUUAAAAUAUGUUUAUAUUGUGGCAAACCUAGUACUGUAGCAUGUAUAAUCUGUUUAGAAGCUAAAUAUUGUUCUAAAGAAUGUUCUCAAUUGCAUUGGGGAGAUCAUUAUAAAGAUUGCUCACCUGUAGAAAGGAGUAUAUCUUUAUAAUUGGAACUUAGUAUUAUUUGUUAUCUUAUUGUCAUGAGAACCUACAGUUACGCAGCUAUAGUUUUGUGUUAAUCAGUAUUGAUGUCUUUGGUUAGAAUAUAAGGAUAUUAAUAUAGAUUUUUUUUAUUAAUGUUAUAAAUUAUUAUUUUUGACAAAAAAAUGAACAUGUCUAUUGUAUUUAGAUAUAAAAAAUAAACAUCUAAAAUAAUA